UAUAAUCCAAAAUGGAUAUCAUUUGGCUUUUUCGUUUAAUUUUUUUAAAUAUUAUUAUUAUAAAAUAUUGCGUAAUUGGUGUAAAGGAAAACAAUGAAAUUGUUAACAAUAAAGGAAAGAAAAAGUUAGAAAUACAUGAAGAAGGAUCCAAAAAAUCUAAUGGUGUCAAGCCGAAUCUUCAUUUGCCACCAUUAGCGCCUAAAACUAAAGAUCGGCAGAGAACCAAGUUGAGGAAAGUAACAUACAUUAAUACAGAUAUUAAUAAUUUCAAAGAAAUGGUCCAUAAAGUAACAGGCUUCCCGGAUGAAAUAUAUGACAUUAAGCAGGAACAUGAUAACCUAACUGAAGGUCCUUUUGUAAAUAAUAAUGCAAACAUGGAUGAUUUAGGUAAAGAACAUUUAUUGCAACAAAAUGAACAUUCUAUUGAUGAUCAAAAUAACGAUGAGGUACCGAUAUUGGAAAGUAGCGAUUUAACGAUAACAUCUGGAAAAAUAAAAAUAAAUAACAAUCUCAUCAAUCUUCACAAUACUCUUAUUAAGAGAAAAAAGAAGAAACAAAACAAUAAUUACAUUCAUAACAAAUAUCAAGUUGGAAUACCGAAAUUGGGAACUAACAAUCCAGCAUUAGACUCUGAAAAGAUUAAACAAGAACAAUACGAUCAUUUUACUCAGAGCCAUGAUAAUUUUAUUUCAACUCACUAUAAUUUUCCUAAUGAUAUUACAACUUCAUCAAACCAAAAUCACUAUUCCUUACAAAAUAUUCCAAUGAUUAAACAUGAACAUCUUGAAAAUAAUUUUGUGGAUUAUCCUCAUAAUUUCGAUUUGGACUACUUUAAUAAAUUAAAUCAUCAUGGUGAUUUAUCUAUAAAUGAAGGUCAACAAAUAUCUGAAAUGCAUCCAAAUAACAACAAUUUUGUGAAUCCUUAUGAUAAUCAGAUACACGGUUAUUAUAAUCAACAACAAGAAAUUCAAAACCAUCUGCCUCAGAAACAUCAAAAUCCAACCAAUUCAAGUGGUCUUCAUUAUCAAAAUCAAUUUGAUUAUUCUCAACAUCCACUUGGAGAAACCUCAAAUGGAUUAUAUGUUCAACAACAAAAUCAGCUAGACCUCCCUCAUUCGCAUAUGCCUUAUAACCAAUUUCACUCAGAUAUUUCACAUCAUGGUUAUGAUUAUACAAAUGCUGAUUUCCAAUACUUGUUUGGACAACAAAAUAUAAUUGGUGAUAAUUCAACAGGAGUAUUUGGGGAACUUUAUGAUGAAUUUCAUAAUAUUCAUCUACAACCCGAAAACAAAAAUUAUGUUCAUGAUUAUCACAACACUUUACAAGAUAAUCAAGUAACUGGUUUUGAAUUACAUGGAACGAGUGGAUACAGCAAUAAUGUACAGGAUAAAGCUAGCGGAUCUUCAACUAAAUUUGAUGGACAGAAAGGAAUUUAA